GAAGCGGCGGCGAGUGCGCCGGGGAGCGCAGCUGCGGCCGUGGGGGUGGUAGGAGCCGCGGAGCCGGCGCUGAGAGCGGCUGUGGCCGGAGCGGGCGGGCGAGACAAAGACGAAGAUACUCAUUAAGUACCUAUUAUGUACUGACACACCUGUGCUGGAUGCUGAGCGUGUAGGGGGCAAACAAAACCCACAAUUACUGUUUUAAACGUGAGUGUGAAGUGCUUUCCUCAUUGUCGGUGUUGCAAGUGGGGACUGUCUUGUACCCGAGUGCUACUUGAAGUUGGGAAAGAUGGCAGGUGAAGCUGCAGGAAGUGGAGCUGCAGAACAGUCGGUUUAAAGAUAAGGGCCAGUUGUGAGUCUGUGGAUUUUUGAGUGAAACCUCAACCCAAGUGAGAAGACACCUUCAAGGAACAACUACUGACAGUGAGUCUGCAGUCAUCUCUAUGCAUAAUGUGGAAUGUUUCCAACCCAGAGACAGCUGAGUGGGUGACUAUUGAUAAGGAGUGACCUGAGUCAAGACAACAUUUAUACCUUCCUGGUGGUUCAGAAACAAGUCUCUGUAGAACCAUAAGCAAAAAAAGGAAACAUUUUGGCUUUUUCUUAAUUAAAUUGACUGUAUAAGAUACUUGACUUCAGGAGCAAAAACACAGAGAAGUGAUAAAAUUAUUCUUUUGACAUCACUGGACAUCGAUCAUACUGAGGAGCGUGCUUUCUGAAGCUUCCCGAGUGGAGAUUUGGAAACUUCCUUGGUGCUCGUUUUUACUUUGGACUGUAAGCAUGAGUGAAUUCUGGUUGUGUUUCAACUGCUGUAUUGCAGAACAGCCUCAGCCUAAGCGGCGGCGUCGGAUUGACCGAAGUAUGAUCGGAGAGCCAACCAACUUUGUACACACAGCUCACGUCGGAUCGGGAGACCUGUUCAGUGGGAUGAAUUCAGUCAGCUCCAUUCAGAACCAGAUGCAGUCCAAGGGGGGCUACGGGGGCGGCAUGGCUGCCGGCGUGCAGAUGCAGCUGGUGGACACGAAGGCGGGAUAGCCCCCUCCAGUCAUUGUGAAUUUGUUUCCUUUUUCCAUUUUUUUUAAAUUCUUUUUUUGUCGUGAUUGCUUUUCUUUUCAAAUACAAAAGAAGUGUGAUGGUGUCGUGUCCCUCCUGUUGUGAUUCCUCCAGCGAGACGUCACGGCUCCGCCGGAGCGGCCGCCGCCAGUGUCCCCCGCCUCCCCCUCGGUGGCCGCGCGCCCGUGGACUCACGGACAGUUCUUUACAUCAUGGCUUCAAUUUCAAUUUUUAUCAACAUGGGUCUGACCUUAGCAUGAUCUUUGUGUGAAUGCUCCACUAUUCUGCAUUUUUUUCAUUUUAAAUAUCUCUUUCCACCUGCCUUAUGAUUUUAUGGGUAAGCAAGGACCUGCUAUUAGCUGUAUUAGCUGUAAUUUGUCACCUUUAUGUAUAUUUUGGAUGGUAUGAGACCCACAAGCACAGGGGUCAUUUUUGUUCAUCUGGAACUCCGGCAGAGCUGACGUCUGCAUGCUCUCGGAGGUGGCUGCGUGCGGGAGCCCCCGGGCUGGGGACGCUGCAUAGACGAAGGUGAGCCAGGUCACGCCCAUGCACACGAAAAGGUCACGUGCAGCUUGUUAGAAAGGACUUUUUGAUUUAGUUAGAAUUAUAGUAAAAGGGGAGCUUGCAUUCAUAAGGCGGCCUGCCUUCUGUUGUAAAUGUUCACUCUAUUUAUUUUGCGGGCGAGGACCCGGGGCGGCCGGAUACCCGCCCCCGUCCGUCCCGAGCAGCUCUGGACGGUCUGUCUCCCUGUGCGCUCAGUCUGUUCCCACGUGUCUCAAGUGUAUGUUAGGGUCAUGGCACCUGGUAGCAGUUUGCUGGCCCUCCCACACUCCACAUAUUUGGGGCACUGGGGGCAGCACAGUGCAGCCCACUGACCGGAGUCGUUGCCCCUGAGAACUGUCUCUCUGGUGACUGUGGAAUAGGGGAGAAAAACCUUUGCUUUGGUUCCAGAAUUGGUUUAUUCUUCCACCAGUCAGUGGUUUGCAUUCUUGUUAAAAUGUAAAUCCUGUGUCCACGUCAGCCCCAUGUGACUACAUGUGGUCAGGUUAACAUUUCAUGAAGCAAACGGGGCCUCUUUGAACUCAGUGCUAAGGAAUUAGAAAAAUGAUCACUUUCAAUUACCUUUAAAAUUUCUUCCCCUUAGUCCCAAGUCCUUGUGAAAAGGUAACUGAAUAAAUACUACGUUUGUGGAGCCAAAACACGCAAGCAUUGCUCCCCCGUUCUUGGGAAUUCGGCUUGUGCAGUACGUGCAGCAGGGGCAGCGCCACGUCCUUGCACUUCUGCAGGUGUGAGCCUCCCCCAGGGAGAGAAUCUGUCAAGGAAAAAAAUUUAUGCUUAGUAGCAAAAAUAGGCAUUUUGCAGCUUAAUAACUUCUAAACUUCAAUUCCUCUAAUGUCAUUAAUUCGCUGCGUGGGUACUGUGCUCUGGACUCCGCUGGAGAGCAAGUUCGCACUAUCACUCCACUUGGCCAGCCUCCUGCCCGGACGCUGCUGCGUGCCGGGCCGGCACUUUAACCAAUGGACUGGAUUUUCUUGACAUUGUCAGCACUGGUGCCAUUUAGUCUACUUUGACUUUAAAAAUUAGUACAAUUUUUAUACUUGUCAUACAACUCCUGGGACAACCACACAGGGAGCCAUGGUCCCUUCCAUGAUUUGCUUGUAUUUUCCAAUUGCUCUCUUUUCUGCUUCUCCAAGGACCAAACGCUCGGCCUGUGCUGGAGCGUGUCUCCACGGUAACCCGGAGGCGGAGGCUGCGCUGUGCAGCCCCACUGUGUGCAAGGGCACAGGCUAGGGAAGGUGCCAGUAAAUUCAAGAAGAAAAUUACCAAAAAUUCUAAGAUAUUAACCUUGGACACAGAUCUUUCAGGAGGGCUUGAUGGUGUGCGAGUGUGGAGGGGGCGGCUUUUCCACACGCACAGGUGGGGUUGAGAGUCUGGGGUAGUUGUGUGAUUCCCAUGGCAAUGCCUCUCGUCUUAAAAUGAAGCUAAUUAAAGAAAUAGGAUACAAGAUAGACUGUUAAUACUGUACUGAAGUAGAUGCUAACAACUGUUAGACAAGGGAAGUGGAAUGAAGGUUUGCCUAAUGACACGGAGCCAGUUAUCAGUGACCUGCAUUCUGGCCACAGGUGCUCCUGGCACGACAGGUGUCAGCACACGGAGCCUGGAAACGGCGACUCUGGCCCUCCAUCAGUGUCUCCAGUGCUGCGUCAUCCGUGGGCCUUUAAAGAUACGAGAGUAUAUUAGCUUUCAUUUUGUUAAAUUAUAGCAGCUUCAUUACAGAGCAAGUUUGCCUUGAUGUUGUUUAAAAUGACCUGCUCAGCACCGGAAAGAUAAAUUGACAUAUUUUUAUAAUAUAAGCAUACUUUUUUUUUGUACAUUGUGUUCAUUCUUGAAUAAAGUUCAGUGUUGGCUUGUAGAUAUUAAAAAGAAAGUAUUGAUUCAAUAAAUGUUUUCUUUCAA